AAAUUCAGCCAAGGCUGCCUCACCGUUCAUGUAAGGGAGAACAACGGUACGCCGUGGCUAAUCCACAUGAGGCCCGGCCAUAUUCAGAAUUAAAACGAGCACUUCCAGUGCCAAUUCCCACUUAUCUUCUAACCUGUGCAGCUCUAAUCAUAAAAAUCAACAUGGCCCUCGAAGAAGGAGAAGAAUCAAAAAGCAUGCUGAACUCCCAACAACCAGCACCCACCUCCGAGCUCGACAUGGACGAGAGCACCCCAGCGACCACUGAGUCGGGACGAAGUCCUCGGCGCAAACAUUGCAAGGCCAAACAGAGCAUAGGCAGCCUCUACGCGGACGCCAACCUCUGCGCCGCAGUCCGCUGUUUCUUCAGUUUCCCCGUGCUCGGCUCCGCGAUAUACAUCCUCGCGACUUACCCGAGGCCGGGCCCGAAUCCGGUCGUGAUGUCCUUUGCAAGCUACAAUCUUGGUUGUGCAAUCUCGCACAUCUCUCUCGCCGCGCAUCGCAUCAUCCGACCGCCGUCACCCACCAGCGCGCUGCCGCCACGGGGGUACAUGGUCGGACUCAUCAUUUCGCCCGUCGUGCUGUCUGUGGCAUUCGUCUUUGGUCUGGUCUUGGUCGCGUUAACCAAAGGUUACCAUGGCCUGCGCGACAUGGAGCGUCUCGUCGGCUGCGGCAAGCGGUCAUCCCGCCAGUGCCACCCUUUGACGCCCGAGGCGGUCGCGUUUGAGUUGACGAUUGUGUGCAUGUCGUUUGCUUUUGUGACGCUGUGCUGCUCGCUUAAACAGUGUUACCAUGUCUACUGUCUCAGCCAGAAUGAAUAUACGGCAGAGGAGAUUCAGGAGGCCGCCAGGUCUGUGAACAAGUUGACCUUUCGGUCGGUGAUGACGGAUAUGCUUGGGGCCUGGUAUCAACGAGCUACACGGUGGAAGGCGGCGUGGGUGUCCCCUUCCUGUUGAACAUUCAACUUUGUUGAGAAACUGGUUGCUGAGCUUGACACCCAUCCGCCAACAUGACAUAUAAGUUGGCCAAAAGGGAGUCGGAAGUUGAACGGGGGAGGAUGAGUAAGGUAAGCGCCGGGGCAGGAUACGCAAG